AUAAUGUAAAUAUUUUCUCCACAGGCCUGAAAAGCCCAAGCACAAAUGCAGAGAGAAGCAUUCUUUCACCGAAGCUGUUAAUGAUUUAGGCUUCAGAGGCCUCCACGACUCUCUACUUGUGCGGAUAGUCGCACAUACACGUUCACUCUCUCUCUUUCUCUCACAUACACACACACACACACACAUGUUACUAUUGCAUUAGACAAAUGCUCGCAAUUUCUUCUUGGAAUCUAAUUCUUGUUAUGCAUUGAAGCAUCUGAUUUCGAAGACUUGGAAAUUUCUGAUUUUAUACCCUUUUGCCAGCACAGACGAUGCGGUUUUUAUUGAGAUUGAAUGGUUUGAAAUUGUUCGCUGUUGAUUCUGAGUCGUUGCCUUGUUGUUCGUCAUCUAGGAAGUUAGGGUUUAGGUGUAUUGUUACCAGUUGCAGAGCCGUGCUUUUGCCGCGAUUCGGUGGGCCCGAGGUCCUUCAGCUCAGGGACAAUGUCAAUGUUCCUGAUCUCAAGCCUAAUGAGGUGCUUGUUCGCGCUCGUGCCGUCUCCAUUAAUCCGCUUGAUUGCAGAAUGCGAUCAGGCUAUGGUCGAUCCUUAUUUGAAUCACUUUUGCCCCUUAUUUUGGGCCGUGAUGUUAGUGGUGAAGUCGCAGCCAUUGGAAACUCUGUCCGGUCACUCAGUAUUGGGCAGGAAGUGUUUGGUGCACUGCAUCCAACUGCUGUAAGGGGUACCUAUUCUGACUAUGCUAUUCUCGCUGAAGAUGAACUUGCUCUGAAACCAGCAUCAAUUACACACGUGGAAGCAAGUGUCAUUCCUUUUGCUGCCCUGACUGCAUGGCGUGCUUUAAAAAGUACCGCCAGGAUAACCAAGGGACAAAGGGUUUUGGUGGUAGGUGGAGGAGGAGCCGUAGGUUUUUCUGCAAUUCAGCUGUCAGUGGCUGCAGGUUGUCAUGUUUCAACUACAUGUGGAGCUGAAAGCAUAGAUCGACUGUUGGCAGCUGGUGCUGAACAGGCUGUCGAUUAUACUUCCGAGGAUCUUGAACUCACGAUUAAACGACAUUUUGAUGCUGUUUUGGACACAAUUGGUUCACGGGACACUGAAAGAAUAAGCAUCAAUCUUUUAAAAAGAGGUGGACACUACAUGACAUUACAGGGGGAGGCUGCAUCAUUGAGUGAUAUGUAUGGAUUAGCUGUUGGGAUUCCUACAGCCACAGCCAUUUUACUGAAGAAACAAAUCCAAUAUCGAUAUUCUCACGGAAUAGAAUACUGGUGGACAUAUAUGAGGGCUGAUGCUGAAGGUCUAGAUGAGAUCCGCAGGCUAUCUGAGGUAGGGAAGUUGAAAAUACCUGUGGAAAAAACAUUUCCGAUUAUGCAAGUGAAAGAAGCCCAUGAGGCCAAAGAUAAGAGGCGCAUUCCCGGUAAAGUUGUGCUGGAACUUGAUUAAAACGAAGAGAGUAAUUCCUUGAGCUCAAACUUUACAGUCAACAAAUAGAAUCAUGAAACCUAACCUGCUUUUCUGUAAUGGUUCUUUCGACUAUUACUUGUCUAGUGGAUACUCCAUUUUAUUGGUCCCCUCUGCAAAAUAAGUACUUGCAUUUUGCAUACGAAGUAGUGGGCUCUCUUUGGGUGAGAAUUUCUGAAGUCUCAAUGGGCAAUAUGUAAAUUCUUUGGAGUGUUUUUCACUUGAUAAGAAAUAAAUUUGGUUUAUGCUA